AGCACCUGUCUGCCUGCAACACCUGGCAGACGGGGAACGGAGUUGCGCAUGCGCAGUUCUCCCUCAGGCUGCCUUAUAGCCCUACAGAGAGCUGAUUCCCUUCACGGCCUUCAGUCAGACUUUUAGACCGACUGACCAUCACUUGCUGUGUUUUGUUUUGUUAACUUGUAGGGAACAGAAGAGAGUAAAGAGAAAAGAAAAUGCCUCGGUCUUUCUUGGUGAAGAGCAAAAAAGCUCACAGCUAUCACCAGCCGAGGAGUUUAGAGGACAACUGCAACAGACUGGACACGAUUUUAGCUCAUAUCUACUCAGACGGUAAGAGUGCAGAAGGGGGGGAGGUGGAGGUGGAUGUGGAGAGCGCAGAGGCAGCGGAAGUGCUCGCACUCGCGGACUCCACCGGCGUGUCCUCGCGCUCUCGGCUCAGCUGCAGCAGCAGCAGUGUGUGUGAUCGCUCUUCAGACUAUGAGGACAGCUGGAGGCCUCCAUCACCCUCUGCAUCACCAGACUCUGAAAAGUCAUUUUCACCCAGUGUUGAUGAAACCCAGCCAUUUGUGAUGCCCUUCGAGCCAUGGAGCAACAGUUAUUCAGGCUCUGAGAUGAGACAGCUGGUCCAUCAGAACUUUAAUCACCAUCAUCCUUCCCUCAGUUAUUAUGGAGAAAGAAUGAUUGGACCUUCUCUUUUUGGUGAAAGGGGAUCCAGCACAAGUUUUUAUGGCAAUUAUGAGUCGGCUACAAACCUAUUUGAGCGACCAGCUGCUGCCUCUGGACUGUAUGUAGACAGGGAAGUUCAUAGACCUGAGAUGAAAACGGACACAGCCGGGUUAUGCGCUCGCCUCGUGUUGAAUGGAGCCUUCAAGUGCAUCAAAUGCAGCAAGGUGUUCUCCACUCCACAUGGACUAGAAGUUCAUGUCCGGAGGUCCCAUAGUGGAACGAGACCCUUCGCCUGUGACAUUUGUGGGAAAACUUUUGGACAUGCAGUCAGCCUGGAACAGCACAGAUCUGUUCAUUCUCAGGAGAGAAGUUUUGAUUGUAAAAUUUGUGGGAAAACUUUCAAAAGAUCCUCUACUCUGUCCACACACCUUCUCAUCCACUCUGAUACGAGGCCUUACCCGUGCCAGUACUGCGGCAAGAGGUUUCAUCAGAAAUCAGACAUGAAGAAGCACACAUUUAUUCACACAGGGGAAAAGCCUCACAAAUGUCAAGUAUGUGGCAAAGCGUUCAGUCAGAGUUCAAAUUUGAUCACACACAGUCGAAAGCACACUGGGUUUAAACCUUUUGGCUGUGACUUGUGUGGAAAAGGCUUCCAGCGCAAAGUGGACUUGAGGAGACACAAAGAGACGCAACAUGGACUGAAAUGAGGAAUGAAUCUGUUUCUACAAAAUUUUCAGUCAAUAUCUCCGGACAGUCUCUCAGUGCUGGCCUCCGUCCUGGUGAAGUCUCCAGGGUUGAAUUAAAGUAGGCUGAAAUGCUCAAUUAACAGAAACUGUAUGGAGCCUGCAAUUAACAUGACCACACUAGCAGGAGGUUAUUCAAACCCUUUAGUUUUCGUCCAUUUACAACAAUUUUGACUGAGCUCCUUUUAACCCUAAACAGAGUGUGUGUGUCCAUGCAGCCUAGGUACACUCUCAGAAAUAAAGGUACCAAACUGGAUGUUGACCACUUUGUGACUGGGAUGAUACCAUCAAGGAUAUGUCUUUCAUAGAUUUAAUGUGUUAUUAGGUUUUAGAAUAAAUCUUUAAAGGUAUAUCAGGGGUCCAAAAUUCUGCACCUUAAAUUAAUAAUAAUAAUAAUAAUAAUAACAAUUUUCCUGCGGUGACCUGGCAACUUAUCUAGGGUGUACCCCACCUCUCACCCAUAGUCAGCUGGGAUAGGCUCCAGUUUGCCUGCGACCCUGUACAGGAUAAGUGGCUACAGAUAAUGGAUGGAUGGAUGGAUGGAUAAAAAUAACCAUAUUCCUGCAAUGACCUGGCAAUUUGUCCAGGGUGUACCCCGCCUCUCACCCAUAGUCAGCUGGGAUAGGCUCCAGCUUGCCUGCGACCCGGUAAAACAGGAUAAGCAGCUACAGAUAAUGGAUGGAUGGAUAACCAUAUUCAUGUUUCCAGGUGAAAGAUGUAUAGUAAAGGUACAAAUUAUGACAUCUGAUGACCAUGCCAUGACAAAGAAAAAUACAGUUUGGUACCUGUAGCCUAUUUCUAAGAAUGUAGGUGUUAAUUCAACACUGGAAAUUUUUGUAUUUUGGGCCGAAAAGCUGGCAGGGGUUUCCUAAACAAAUGUUUAUAGUGUAGGCUAAAGAGAUUUCCAUGAUUUUAAUGUUUCCAAAAUGCUGUUUGUGCUUUGCGGAGCCUAAACUGAGUCAGAAGUCAUCCAACAGGUCUGGCAGGAUUUGGAGAUGCACAGCAAAAUCUCCAGUGUGGACUGAGAUGGACGUAACAGCUGCCACUGUGAAUGAAUACCUCCUGCACUGAAUUUAACCCUCCAGUGUUCAUUUGUAGGCCCGAGUCCAUGCCAGCAGUGCUUUACCCAAACCAGUUCUGCAGUAUGAGGGCGGUGUUUCCCCAAACCCAAAAUAUUAUCACCAAAACAGUCCGGGAGGCAGUACAGUUAGUAACGGCUAUGGGAAAGGACACAGCUAUCAGAGGCAACAUCAGCUGAGCUGCAGGAAAUCAGCGCCGCUCACAGAGACGCCACGCUGCUGCUCUGCUGCCAAAACACGCACUACACCAAGCACGAGAUUUAAUCACAACCAACACUGUUUAUGCUUUAUAUAAACCUUGACUGAUUUGUUGACUUCACAAAUAUUUUUCCACUCUUUCAGUUCGCCUACCCAAACGUGUUUGUGCUCUCCGUUUAUUAUAAUAAUAAUAAUA